UUGAUAAGAGGCAGGGGCUGCUGUGAGAUCCACUGGCCGUGCAGCGGCUAUAGCGCUCAAGUUUGCAAUCAAGGCGCUGCUGCUGCCAUGGGAGGCCACUGAGGGGCUGGCACUGCCCGGGGAUGUGUAGCGGUGUGUGCCCAGCACUGCCCGGGGAUGUGUAGCGGUGUGUGCCCAGCACUGCCCGGGGAUGUGUAGCGGUGUGUGCCCAGCACUGCCCGGGGAUGUGUAGCGGUGUGUGCCCAGCACUGCCCGGGGAUGUGUCUGGCAUUCUGCGGGGGGACCGCUGGCUGUGGGGCUGCUGGAAAUGAGGUUUCUCAAGUUCCGUUCCUGGAUGUGAAAUGAAAAUGGAAUUACUUCUUGCUUAAAACAACUGAUCCUGAAUCAGAACAAUGAAUUUCAUCAUGCAACAUCAGUAAUUCAAAGAGACGUAUACGUUUUUGGAUAUGAUCCUUGGGCCAGCGUAUGUUUGGAACACCCCACUGACUUAGAUCAUCCAUUUCUGCGUACUGAAAAUUGGCCAGACGUUCUAUGGUCCGCAAACCCUUAAACUUAGGUAGCAACAUAGUUUCUUCGCAUACGUUUGUUGAACAUGACUUAUGGAGAAGAGCUUAGCUCUGAGAUGCAACAAGAUUCCGUUGUUUUAACCUAUCUGGAAGGAUUACUAAUGCAUCAAGCAGCUGGCGGCUCGGGAACUGCAGUUGACAAGCUCUCUGUUAGCCGCGCAAAGUCCGAUGAGAAUUUCAAGAAUUCUGGAAAUAUAUUUUCCAAUUGUGAAAGUAAUGCCCCAAUUCGCAACAACAGCAGCCCUUGUCAGGGAUCUGGAAUGCUGCAUCUCAAAAAGGCAAGGCUGUUGCAGUCUUCAGAGGACUGGAAUGCUGCAAAGAGGAGACGACUGUCGGAUUCUGUUCCUGGCGUAAAUGGCAAAAAUGAAACGUUCUUGGCCGGCAUGGUUGCAAACGCACCCAAAGGCAAGCAGGAUAGUACAUUACUGGCGUCUCUGCUUCAGUCUUUCAGCUCUAGACUCCAGAGCGUCGCUCUGUCACAACAACUUAAACAGAGUCUCGAAGAACAAGGCUUUUCUCUUGGCCAGGAGACUGUACACGAGGAGAAGAAUAACCAGUGUUUGGGCCUGGCAUCCAACCACCUUAAAACUUUGUUAAACAAAAGCAGAUCAAAAGAGAAAGUAACAGAUAGUAAAAUGACUGCUAAAGCCUCAAUUCAAGAAAAAUCUUCACACUCUGGGCAAAGCAGCACGAAAGCAGGAGCUGCUGAGCCGAUUUCAUGCGCUGCAAGACUUCAGGCUGUUGCAAGUAUGGUAGAGAAGAGGUCGAGUCCUACUGUCUCGCCUAAACCAAGUGUUGCAUGUAGCCAGUUGGCAUUGCUGCUUUCUAGCGAGGCUCACUUGCAACAAUACUCCAGAGAGCAUGCUGUAAAAGCACAAAGUGCUAGUCAGUUAGCAAGCGAAAGGCUAGCAGCAAUGGCAAGAUUAAAAGAGACCUCAGAGAAGGACCAUGGUCAUUUUCCUAUGUCGACAAAUUUGCCCACACCACUCAACAGCCCUGCAAGAACAACUAUUUCCAAUGGUAUAAGUAAUAUUGGUAACAUUUCUCCCUUUUCAAGUCCAUUAAGUGUCCCUCAUUCUCCACUUAAAUCAGUAGGAUAUAAGACUCAUUCAGAAAAAAAUCACCUGAAGCCCUCUCCAAAUAACAGCUUGCUGCUACAUCUUCUUAAAAGCCAGAACGCUACAAAUAUGAACAAAUGCAACCUUCAAAGCGAAAAGAUUCCCGUGUUUGAAGAAAGUGCAACACCAACAACCACAGAUGACUUUUCUGACAACAACCCUAGUUUUACAGAAGAUGAAACCAGCGAUGAUGAAAGUAGUCACUCUAACUGUGCACCCAUUGACUUGUCAUUCAAAAACCGAGUAGAUAAGCCAGAGGUGUUAAAUACGGCUUCCAUAGACAACUUAACAGAAUCCUUGCUUAAAAACUGGGAUCCAAAAGUUGAAGGACUUGUCAUCAACAAAGAUAAUAACAGAGACCCUUCAUUGGACUCCACGUUAAAACCACAUCAGAAGGUGACCCUGUUACAGUUACUACUUGGGCAUAAGGCAGAUGAAAAUCCCGAAAAGAUGGAAGAUCUUCAGGGUUCACAGAAACGUUCUGAUCUGACAAAGUUCAACUUGCCAAUUCAACGACAUGGAUCUGAAAACACUCAUGUACAUAAUUCUGCUUCAUUAAAUACAUUACCUAUAAACAAUAGUUUGAAAUCGGAUUCCCCUGUUAACCUGAGCCAGCCUUUUCCACCAAAAAAUACGUUCACAUCUUACAUAAGUAACAUUCAGUCAGAAAGACAUGUGAAUGCGGCCUCAAAACAUUUGAUAGAGCUGACGAGGAACAAAUCAUUUCAUAACCCCACCCCAGUAGUAAACGAGAGUGCACAAUGUAAUGCUGCUUUCAGUGCCAGUAAACUUCUACAGAAUUUAGCUCAAUGCGGGCUGCAAACAGCUGCACCCGAUGAGCAAAAAGUGCAAAAAACAGUCAGUGCACCUAAUGGUAAAACUCUAGGACUGAUCGACAGGUUAAGUAGCCCCCUGAUUACCAAUCAAUCUCAUGCCUUUGAGGAGGACACAUCUUUUAGUAGCCCACCUACUCCAUCAGACUCCAGAUUUCCUGGCUCAGAGAUUGAAAACCUUUUAGAAAGACGUACUGUUUUACAGCUUCUUCUCGGAACACCAAAUAAGGGGAAACUUGAAAAGAGUCCAAAUAUCACAAUCAAAGAUGAAAAUCAACAAGACAGGGUAGAAAAAAAUGCAAGUGAACACAUAGUAUCUUUUAAAAUCAAAAGCGAGCCUGAGGACGCCUACAGCACACAGCAUUUAAGAGACACUGGAAUUCCUAGUCCACUGGCAAUGUCUUUUCAUGGUUUUUCCAGAUCAACUCCAGAGGGCAUGAAAUCUCCAAACCUCACUCCACAGGAUUUUUCCGUUUCCAGAAAUGGGCUACUAAGCCGCUUGCUUACACAGAACCACAAUGGGUAUGAAAUUAGUGACCCAGAUUUUACCAACAGAAAUGGUGAAUCCAGACAAACAGAAACAAAAAUCCACUGCACUGUUCCAAAAAAGAGAAAAAUGCACCAACAUGAGCCUUUAGAAAGUCAAGUAAAACUAGCAAAACUCAGUCCUUCUGAAAGUGGGCACUAUUAUUCUCCACCGCCAUUGAGUGGGCCAAUGUUUCUUCAGGAUGAAACAUAUAGUAACAAAAGUGGCAUGGACCCUCGGUGCAAUUUAACUCAGAACUCCUUAAACGAAGGAAAACAUUUGGGUUGGUCAAGGGAAAGCAAAGGUUUUAAUGUGCUGAAACAAUUGUUACUUUCAGAGAAUUGUGUCAGAGAUUUGUCUCAGCAUAGGAAUAACAUAUUGGUGGAUGAUAUGGUAAAGGGGAACAGAAGUCACCUUGCUGGCAGUUCUGAUUUUGUAACACCUCCAUUAAAUGUGCAUAUGGGGAAAAUGUCCAACCAAACAAACAGUUUAGGUCAAAUGACAUUUCAGUGUCCAUCCACUUUAAAGAAUUCUCCUCACCCACCUUCAGACAGUUUGAUACAUAAAACAUCUCGGACUGAAUCUGGACAAAUCAAUAUGUGCCCUGUUCCUAAUGACAAAGGCCCAAUUAAAUGGGUUAUCACAGGUAUGGAAAAGAAUGAUGUUGGAAAGGAUUCCCCAAGGUUGACCAAAACCAACCCAAUAUUGUACUACAUGCUGCAGAAAGGAGCACAUUCUGCUGGAGGCCAGGAGCUGCGAGAUCGAGGCAGUUGGACUGCGUCCUUACUAGGCAAUGCCACAGAAAUGACAUUAAAAAGAGAGAUGGUCAAUUGUAGAGGAACCACCCCAAACGGCAGUGGUAUGAUGAAAACAACCACUCCUGUUGUAAAUAAGACAUUGCAUAAUUCCAGUGGUAACAAGUAUGGACUUCUUGAUAUACUGGCAAUUAAGAAAGAGCCUGAAUAAUACAACAGAUUUGAAUAGCCAGGUUGUUAAUAAACCCAAAAAGAAUGCAUCAUUUUUAGAGUAUCAGGCAUGAAGACAAGAGAUAUAAAGCAUGAUCUUCUUGACAUGUUUUUCAUCUCAUAUAUUUUGGUUGGUUAUAUUGCUUGUGGCUAUAGCUUAUUUGAAAAAUGUACAGAUUUUGCUAUUAUGGUUUCUACAUUUUUUUUGGUUCUGUGAUAUUUUUUUUUUUUCCUUUAGGGUAUUUUAUUCCCACUGCUUGGGAAAAAAAUGAUGUUAUAAAUUAUAAAAGACAAAUGUGCUGUUGAUGGCUGGUUUCCAAUAUUUGCCUUACAUGUUCGUCUUUUAAUAGUUACACAAUAACUUGUCCUAUUGCAGACAAUGAAUUACAGCGGAGAAUCCAAAUCUACUGUAGCCCGGUGUUGCAGAUCUGCAAAUCCAAGCGCCCGUUACUUGCCUUUGGCUCGGGGCAGAUGGGAUUUGUAGUUUGCAAAAUCCAUAGUAGAACGCUGUGGAUAUGAUAUCCCUGCUUUAGAAUACGAUUUAUAGCCUAGAAAGGUUAUACUAGGUAAGCCAGGAAAUUUGUUCAGCAUAACGUGCAAAAGAUUGUGGUUGUUCUUUUACCAUUGAAGCUGUAUCAGCAGAGUACAGAUCUUUGUAAAAUGUGUAUUUUUCCAUGGGAUAACAUUUAUUUCCUUUUAUAAUACAUUUCGCAUUUUAUUCAACUUUUUUGUUUUUACUUCGGUGAUUCAUUUUUGGAAGUGUUAGCCUCCAUGACGUUUACAAUAAACCGGACAGCGAUGGAAUUCUGCAACUUGGUCUUCCUUUUACGCUAGAAUUUUUCCAAGUGCUUUUCAGAUGAUUCCAUGUCAUGUUUAGUAGACAGAAAUCUGUACCCAUGUGAAUGAUGCUUUCAGGUACUUGGUGUUUUGUCCCAAGAAAUAAUUCCCGGUUAAACUCACCCAUCCAGACUUUCUGUCCAUAAUAUAGUGAAUAAAGUAUCCCCUUUUGUAAAACAUAGGGAUAUUAUAAGUCACCGAGGAGUUCGAGGCCAAAGAUCUUCGAGGUAACUUCUAAUAUCCUCAUUUUUUUUUUACUUUAUUUAUUAUAAUACACAAGUUUCAGUGAGUCAUGUGGCAGAAAUGACAUCACUAAGCACUGUUUCUAAGGAUAUAAUUUACAGCAUAUUCAUGGCUCUUGUGUAUUAUAGAGAUAUACAUAUAUCCUGCAUUAGACCUGACAGAAUAUGGAAUUUACAGAUCCAACAUUUAACAGAGCAAAAAGUCCACCUGUUGAUCUGCAGUAGUUUGAGAAGCCUUUGGGUGUUGGCCAUAGGGCACAUUCGGCAUUGAUGCUAUAUUUUCAAUAUCCUAUUACAGGCAUGGUGGUGAUUAAAAAUUAAUGAUCAAAAUCCCAUGUUCAUUUUGUAAGGGGAAUCCCAUGUUUUUUUUUUUUUUUUUGUAAUUCUAUAAUUAAAUAACUCUCUUCAGCACUUAACCCCUUUGUAAUUUUAAGGAAGCAUCCAGGCCAAAAAAAUGUGGCUGCAAGUUUGCUUGAAACUGUACUGGACAUAUUUUCCAAGAUGUAAUUCUUAAUAAAAAAAAAAAAAAGAAAA